AUGGGCUGCUUCACGUUCGUUAAGCUGAUGAUGGUCGUGUUCAACCUGCUGAUCUUGCUAGCCGGCCUGACGCUGCUGGCCAUGGGGAUCUGGGUGAGCGUGGACGGGAGCUCCUUCCUGCGGCUGCUGGGUCCGUUCUCCAGCCAGGGCAUGCAGUUCGUCAACGUGGGUUUCUUCUGCAUCGCCAUCGGAGCCGUGCUGCUGCUGCUGGGGCUGCUGGGCUGCUGCGGAGCCUCCAAGCAGAGCAAGUGUCUGCUGCUGACGUUCUUCUCCGUCAUCCUCAUCAUCUUCAUCGCUGAAGUGGCAGCAGGAGUGGUGGCUCUGGCCUACUCUUCAUUUGCUGAGGGGAUCCUCAGAGCGUGGGCGGUUCCAGCUCUCCAGGAGGAUUACGGCAGCGAUCCUGUGGUCACUAAGAUCUGGAACACCACCAUGACGGAGCUCAAGUGUUGCGGCUUCACCAACUACACAGACUUUGUUGGCUCGGAGUUUGAAAAGGAGAACAGAGGGAACCUGCCGCCGCCCUGCUGCUGGACCAACAGCGCCCCCUGCAGCGUGGACGAGGCAGAGCGCAGCGGCGUGCAGGGCUGUUUCAAACACAUCCUGGAGAACCUCAAAGAGAACUCCAACAUCGUGGGAGGCAUCGCAGCAGGAAUAGGAGUCUUAGAGAUCGCUGACAUGGUCGUGUCCAUGUACCUGUACUGUCACCUGGACACCUUCAGCUGAGGAUCCAACAGGAAGCACAGUCCAAUUACUCAACACCAGCACUUAGUCUUCUCCUUCUGCUUCUCUAUUUCUUUUCUUUUUGCUUCAUUAUGAACAAGUGUUCAUGAUGUAGUGAUCCAUCAUCUGUUUGUAAUAUACAGUAGAGAGAACACUUUAUAAGCACCUGCAGAGUGUAAAUAUUUCAUAUUUGACAAUAAAAUCUAUCAAACAGUGCUGACAGCUGACUUCUUCACUCUGGACUUCUUUUAGGGAUUAUGAGACCAUUCAGCAUUUUCAUUCUUCAUUCACUUUUCAUUCUGCCUGUAUAAACCACUU